AUGGGUGAUUUCGGAGUAGGGGAUUUCAUCGAGGUGGUAGUGAGUCCAGGCGUGGACCCCUCCACCCUCACCAUCUACCUCUACAACGGAGCCAAUGGGAAGACCUACGGCAAGCUUCCUCUCUCCAAAUUCAACCUCCCUCCCACCAACGUGAACGGCUUCGUGGUGUAUGGCAACACGUACGCUCAGGGAGGCCUGCAGAACGGGCCGUCAGAUGGCAUGGCACUUGUUUCGCAGCCGGCUAAUGGCGAUGCCACUGUGAUUCAAUUCCUGUCGUAUGAUGGCGAGCUGGUUGCUGUGGAUGGGCCAGCCAAGGGCUUUAAGUCGACGGAUAUUGGAGUGAAGGAGACGGAUAACUCGCCUGCUGAGAGUGCUCUUGGGCUGAUUGGGGUGGGGAAGAAGUACGAGGACUUCAAGUGGUCCAAGUUCAACAAGAAUGCGUCACCUGGCCGUGUCAAUGUCAGCCAGACAUUGGCCAGCUACUGA